AUGCAUCACGAGCGUCAAACCUCCACCCCUCGAGGAAGCCGAAGCGACAUCCAUCAGACUAGUUGGACUCUCAGAGGAACGCUGGAGCCCUCCUCAGCCUGAAACACCCUCACUCCGCAGUCUGCAGAGCUCCAGCCGGGUUCAGUGAUCUCUGCGCGGGUUUCCUCCUCCAUCAGGACCGGGGGAGAGAUGCGACGACUCGGAGGAGGAGGAGGAGACGAACUGGACCGGCAGCAGCAGCAGCAGCAGCAGCAGCAGACACCUGAGAGGAAGAUCUGAGUUUGUUUCUUCAACGUCAAAGAGAGGUUUAUCGCGGUCAUCACUAUGACUGAUGGGGAUUAUGACUACCUUAUAAAGCUCCUUGCCCUGGGGGACUCUGGCGUGGGGAAGACCACCUUCCUGUACCGAUACACAGACAACAAGUUCAACCCCAAGUUCAUCACCACAGUCGGCAUCGACUUCAGGGAAAAGAGAGUGGUGUACACACAGACCAACCCCAAUGGAGGGACCACGGGGAAAACCUUUAAAGUUCAUCUUCAGCUUUGGGACACAGCUGGACAGGAGAGGUUCCGCAGCCUGACAACAGCGUUCUUUAGGGAUGCGAUGGGGUUCCUGCUGAUGUUUGAUCUCACCAGCCAGCAGAGCUUCCUCAACGUCAGAAACUGGAUGAGCCAGCUACAGGCAAAUGCCUACUGUGAGAACCCCGACAUAGUGUUGGUAGGGAACAAAGCUGACCUGGCCGACCAGAGGGAGGUUCAGGAGAAACAGGCCAAGGAGCUGGCUGAUAAAUACGGGAUCCCGUACUUUGAGACGAGUGCAGCGACAGGCGCAGAGGUGGACAAGUCUGUGAUCACGCUGCUGGACCUGGUCAUGAAGAGGAUGGAGCAGUGUGUCGACAAACCACCAGCCGAGUCAGCCAACGGGAACGGGGCCACAAAGCUCACCGAUUCACAGUCCAAUGAGAAGAAAUGUGCAUGCUAGAUCGAGAGGCGAUUCAGGAAAACAACCAGUCCUCCUCUGUUGUCCAUCCUUCUUACUCACAGCGGUCACCCUUUCUGUUUCUGUCUCCACCAUCUUUGAUUGCACGUUCCUGCUGUUCACUCGCUCCUCUUUUCUUUCUCUUUAUCCCUGUUUUCUUCCACCUCUUCCCAAACUGUCUGCCACUCUUGCAAUGAGUAGACUGCAUCUCCCUCUGGUGGAUAUUUAAGGUAAUGCAGCCUCAGCCUGUCAGCCUUUGAGCUCUUAAAGGAGGAAAUGAAAAGAAGACAGAUUCAUCAUUGUCAGAAACAUAAUGUGCCUCGUUAAAAACACGCAGCCUGGGACUUCAGCUCUGUUUUAGUGAUGUAAAGUGAUCCAAAUGGGCUUAGAGAGGUGUUUAAAUCCUUGAUUUGAAACUUUAACAUCUGAACGUUUCUUUGUAAUGGAAAGGAUUUUACUUUGUGUUUACGCCGUCACUGAAUGGCAGUCUGUAGAAUCUAACAUCUGGCUUAUUUAGUCAAACUUUUCCUCCUGAGCAACUGUGUGAACGAUGUUUGUUUUCCUGCUUCACACUGAUUCAGAUGCUGUGCUCAUUUUUGUGACAUGUGGUACAAGCAGUUACGAUGGAAGUUUGAGUCCCAAACAGCAAAGAGAUGUUUUUUUUGUUUGUUUGUUUAUUGUUGUCUGAAAAUGAAGGUGUCAUGUUAAGUCUCACUAACCUGACUGAGCGUUUGUUUGUGUUCAUGACCGUCCAGUUUCUGCUCACAGAUUGGUCAGUGAUUGAUUUAUUUUGGGGUAGGCCAACGUGAAUGGUCUGCAGCCUGCAGGUAAACAAUGUUAAAUUGGUUUGCCAUGUGUGGCUUGCAUGAGCAGAGCUAGUACCACCAGCCUUUGGUUCACAUUGCGUACUGUCCACAUGCUCGUCACAACUUUAUCUGAACUUUCUAGAUCGAAAUACUGCCAAACCUCACCACGAUGUCAUCCAUCCCCUUAUCUGUUAGAGCUUCAUGACAGUAUUGCAGCCAUUAACUGGAGCUACAGCCCCAGCUAGUGGCGGGUGAGUGCACUAGAGCUUAGAUGCAAAAUAAGACCCACAUUUCAGCCCUAUUACAAUAAAAAUAUUAAUUAUAACUUAAACGGACUACCAGAUCCUGGUGCGGACUAGUGUGAAUGAUGACGUUUAAUCAUUUAGUCAACUAAAACCAAGCAUGCUUAUAUUAAUUUAGGCAGCUGCUGACAGUUUUGGAGUAAAGACAUAUUUUUGUAGCUUCAUAUGAAGACAAAUCAAAAGAAGAACUAAAACACAUUAUUUUUUUGUCAUUUAUCUUGCUGCACUGACAGCUGAUGAUUUAUUGCAUUCUCUGCUGCUACUUCUUAAUAUCUGAAUUCUCUGUAUUCAACUUUUGAUGCCAAAUUUCAAUCAUAGCUGACGUAACCUGCCUGUGCUGUAUUUUGUCUUUUGCUGAAGGAAUGCUACAGUAUAUAUUAAAAACACAAUCGUACAAAUUCAUAGAUUAUAACUUUGGAUUCUUCUGUUUGGAAGAUUAACUGUUUCUAUGUCGAAGCCUUACUUAGGAGUUUUCAUUUUAAACACUGGACAGAUCAAGAGACACUAAAGUGCUUCAGCUAGCUCUCUGUUAGCAUGCUGAUAGUUCAGACUCUGCAUUAGACCCUCAUGUUGGUACCAGACGUGACUGAUUUUAGCCUCAGAUAAAUAUACGUACAGCAUUAGGGGUGUGCAGUGGAGGAAAAAGACCUACCUAGUAACUGUGUGUCCUCCACCAGGAGAGACGCAUUGUUACACAUUGAUCUCCUGCCUUGGCUUUUAAAGCGUUAUUUCAUUGUGGUGGAACAGACAAUAAUCUGUGUGGACCUUUCACAUUAAACACAUUAAACAGCUUAGAUAUCGACCGCCCCUGAGGACACCUGCUCACUGCAACACGGUCACAUGAGCAGGAAAGAAAAUGUUUGUAAUCCAAAACUGAAAAAGAGAACGGCUGUUACACAAAUAGAGAAACCCUGAGCUGAUAGAUGAGAUAAUCAGACAGUGAAAUAUCCCUUUAAAGCCUCAUAUGAGCAAUGUUGAUAACUUACAUCAUAAAGUGACCGAUUAUUUAUAUUAAAAUAAAUGUAUUACAUAUUAUAUUAUUUGUGUUGUCAUAUUUUAGUUGUAUUCUCUUCAUCUCACCUCUCUUUUUUCUUUUUAUACCCUUUUUUGCACAACUAUUUGGAAAAAAUUUUCUCAAGUAAAUUUUUUUCACUUAGUAUUUCAUUAUUUAGUGCUCUUACAUUUAGUUAUCAGAGCAAACCCCUAAAGCAUAUAUAACAAUGAAAAAGUGUGCCCCUCCAGAAAGAAAGGACACAACCAAAAACUUUAAAAGACACUAGGGGCAAUAUCUUACACCCAGUGUCACUGCUAGUUUCUGAUGGACGCAGUUGCAUCUCACUCCCAGUGCUCACUAGUGUUACAGAUGUUGUGCCAAUUUGUGGGCUUUAUUUUUGAGUUUGUGAGGUGCAGUCAGGCUCUUAGUUGCUUAUCGCUACCUUGUUGCAUCAGAAAUCAAUUGCACCAUUGACCCACUGAAACAUGGUCUCCAGUCAAAGGGAGGCAGUAUUUCCCUGCAGUUUAAAGAGCUCAUUAUCCACACUGUUGAUGCACCUCCAAAGGUGUAUCCAGGCUGCAAAUACACUACCAGUCAAAAGUUUGGACACACCUUCUCAUCCAAUGGUUUGUAUUUAUUUUAAUUAUUUUCAACAUUGUAGAUUAAUACUGAAGACAUCAAAACUAUGAAAUAAUCUGGUUUUGCCAUAAUCUGGAUUACAACAGUAGUCAAAUAGGGCUAUCCAUUGUGUACUAACCCUACCUCUGAACAACACAACUGAUGGUCUCAAACACAUUAAGAAGGCAAGUCAUUCUACAAAUGAACUCUUGACAAGGCUCAUGUUAAUUAGAAACCAUUCCAGGAGACCACUUCAUGAAGCGGACUGAAAGAAUACCAAGAGUGAGCAAAGCUGCCUUGAAGGAAAAAGGGGGCUACUUUACAGAAUCUACAAUAUAAAACAUAUUCUGCUUUGUUUAACACUUUUUUGUUCAUUGAAUAAUUCCAUAUAUGCUCUUUUCUAGUUUUGAUGUCUUUGGUAUUAAUCUACAGUGUUUACAAUAAUUGAAAUAAAUACAAAGCCUUGAAUGAGAAGGUGUUUCCAAACUUUUGACUGGUAGUGUGCAUGCACAGCAACCUGUCUGACAUCAUUGUACUGCUUUCAGUAUUUUGCAGUCACCUCCUUACAGACCUGCUUCACAUCAGGGGGCUUUGGAAGAUUCUGUGCAUGUAAACAUUUGCACUUUUAGCUCACUGCAUCCACGAUUUAAAUGGCAAUGCACCAACUGCAGUGCACCCUGCUUCUGGAGGGAAUGGGAAACACACCUGAGAUUGGUUGGGUUCAAGUUCCACCCUUACUACAAUUUAUUAAGAUACUAAAUACAUCUUCUUUGUACUUUAAUUUGCAACAUUCAACGAGCAGAAGUGUAGUGGACAUGCCCCCAGCAAGACAAGCUAAAGAUGUAUUGAAAUAAGGCCCUUGAGGUUUCUGUGGACCAACUUUUUGUAAUGUUUGUAGGUUAACACUAUGUCCUUUUUGUCCUUUUAUAUCAGACCAUGCUAUAACCACAGUUAAUGAAGGAAGCACCAGAUACAAAAUCCUUUAUGAUAUUUGCUGAUGAAUUUUGGCAGAUAAACUGUUGUUCGUUUAAUCCAGACUUAGAGCUGCAAGAUAUCACAAUAACUACAACAUUAUACAGAUUUCAAUACUAGCUUACAUUCUUUAUCAGUUCAGCAUUGUGCUGCCUGCAUCAAUAAAGAAAUAUGUUAAGGUGUCAAAGAGCUCUGCGUUCACUUUACCUGUGUUUGAACUGCCGGUGUGCCAAAUAAAAAGUUAACAAGACAAACAGGUGUUUGUUUCCCACAGACGUCGUCCUGCCGUUCACUCUGAGAGAAACUGCGUCCACAGUAAGAAUGUGUUUUAUUUUGUUGAACAGCCAAGCAGAGUCCUCUGCCAGCCGCUGAUCUCAGUGCCAUAUUAAACACCUGCUGCUGUUCAUUUGCUGAUUAUACUGAAACAAGGAGACGGCUCACACUGUAACAGUGUUUGGCAGUUACUUAUCAGCUUAAGAGAGUAUAAUGCUCCCACAGACGUCUGGAUCUAAAGGCUUGGUGUCAUGGUUUCUCAGUUCAUCAGCUUCUGACUCUUUUCCUCAACAUUGUGGACAUUAGUUUGGAUGUAGGUCAUGUUAGAAUACUUUAAACUUCUAAAAGCAUACUGAUGAGUAUGCUUUUAAGUCUUAACACUGGCUUACCUUAUGUUAUUUCCUUUGCUUUUUUCUCUGCUUUUUAAAGUCAGUCCUGUCUCUCUGAACCAGCUGAUGUUUCAUGAGCUUAUUUGCAAGACUUGGACCUUAAAGGUUGUUAAAGGUGCAGAGACUGGAAGUAAAAUCCUCUCUUUGUCUCACUGGUCCAGGCUGCUGUGCUAAUGAAAACAUAAGUCCAACAUUUUCCAUCAGUUUUGCUCUGUUUUGGUCUCAAUCAACUCCUCGCAAGUAUCUCUAAAUUGAUAGAAUAACAUCCAUCAACAGACGGUUGCUAACUUUGUCUUCUUUGUGCUGCUGAAAAAUGAGGGUUGGAAAGACUUAACAGAACAUUUCAUGAGCUGCAAAAACCGAAACAAUUCUGCAGAGGUGUCUUCUGGAUUUAAUAUCCACUGAUACUAAAUGAGUUGAUCACUGCAGCUUUGAAAUGUCUUCAACCUGUCUUAUAACGGGGAAAUGAAAUGCACCAGAGCUGUCAUGUAGCCAACGUUGACCCUUCAGAGCAAAACUAGAUGUUGAGAAAUCAAGUUUCAUUCAGUGGCAGUCAGAUGCAAUGGCUAACCCAAACCUUUCAAUGAAACACAUCAGGGUUUGAGUCCUGUCUGUAACAGGAAGUCAUUGUAGGUUAUUAAUUACAGUCACACCACAUUAAAUCAAAGCUCAGAUCUAAACUGACAAGGAGACGGAGCGAGGAAGUUAAACAUCCAUCAUCCUUAUGCGAUUGACCAACAAAAGAAGGAUGUUAACAGCCCCAUGAGGGCCGUUAACAUCAACAACUAUCUUUGACUGCAACGAUCACUGGCACACUUCUGACCCUCAGAUGGAUAUGUUUCUCGCUUUCAGACGAGAGGGGAAACAUCUUUAAGAACUUCAGUUGAGUCGACUUAACUUUUUAGGAUCAAGCUUUGAGUUACCAUGACCUGAGUGACUGAGAACCCCAGUAUUCAUUUCUAGGACUUGUGCAUUUGUAGGAGAAGCAGUAAGAGGGCCUUAGUACAGCACUCACAUUUAUCGAACAGGAGCGAGAGCACAUUCAUUCUUUGUUUUAUCAUCAGAGCCUUUGUAUGCAGUCAUCUUGCAACUUUUCAAUUGCAAGAUUGCUUGCGUCUACUUUGCAUCGCAGUAUAUAAUGUUUGUUUAGUUUGAUGCACCAUUUAAAGAAUUUUACAGAUAAAAAAGAAGCAACACAGGAUUUUGUUUUUGAGAGCUACCACAAGAAAACAAAAUCAGCUGUUGAGAUAGAGUUGUAAAACCUUGAGUCUACAUUUCCUCCCUCUCGAACAUCUCGAAACGAUGCCUUUUAAUCGACAAUCUCCUGAUCCAUCGUGUCAGCUUCAUCAGGACCACUCUGGUUACGUUGCUCUUUAUAUUUCCUCAGAUUUUAAGAUUGCAUUCCUCCUCUGAUGCCUUUUUGCUUCUUCACUUUUACUGACAUCACAUUCAUCUUCUCUUUCUCGUACCAUGUUUUCCUCGAAGAGUCUUGAAUGAUUUUUGUAGAUUUUGAAAUCACUCUGAAAGUUUACAUGAUUUGAAGAGUCAUGUCGUGCCUGUUAUUUACUCUUCUGUCUGAUCCUCUGUAAAGUUUGUGAGCUACUGAAUAUUUUAACGCAUUAUUGAUUAUAGAUUUUAAAAGCAGAGACAAAAGAGACCAGAAAUCACAAUGUUGUUUUUGUGGCAGAUAUAUAAGAAAAUAACGACUCAAUCCAAGUACCUCUAAGAGCUUUUAUUUUUGGAAAUCCUCCGUGUGAACUUCUCUCUGAUGCCUGCAGUUUGUACUCGUUUUUCUUUGGUUUUCACUGUGUGUAUCGAUGCCUGUGUGUGUUUGUUGCACCGUCAGCAUGUUUGACACAAUGAGAAUGAAAUGACCUGCGAUGUGUUUCAUGUUUCUAACGUCAGAGCUGCAAAUAAAAUUGUGUUUGUUUAA